CCUGCGGAUGCCUCAGCCUUGCACCCCCGCCCCAGCAUCCCGGCAAAUGGUUCUUCCAUCCCCGGCAACUCUGGACGCAGGACGCAGCAAAAAGGCUCACAGCUCCGUUCUGAUUUGAGCACACUGCGGAUUGACUUGAAAGAGGGGCGGACCAGGGACAGUAGGGAAACGAGGAGACGCCUGACAGUGGCCAGGAUCUCAUUUCGCAAUGCCGGUGCCGGAGCAGCCUGCAGAGCAGGAGAAGGGGGCCAUGGUUCCCCCUGUGAUGCCAGCCUCCAAUGGAGACAGAUCUGAGACAGAGACAACCUCCUCUAUCCUUGCCUCUGUCAAAGAGCAGGAGCUUCAGUUUGAACGUCUGACCAGGGAACUUGAGGCUGAGCGUCAGAUUGUUGCCACCCAGCUGGAGAGAUGCAAGCUGGGAUCAGAGGCAGGCAGCAUGAGCAGCAUUAGUUCUUCAGAUGAGCAGUUUCGUUGGAACUCUCAAGCUGAUGGACAGAAAGAUAUUGAGGAUGAGUUGACAACAGGUCUGGAAUUGGUGGAUUCCUGCAUUCGCUCCCUUCAGGAGUCAGGAAUACUGGACAGUGGAGAACGACCGACUCUUCUUUCCCAGAGUUCCUUGCAGCUCAACUCCACCCCGGAGGCUUCGCUCCAGUACUCUGCCAGCUACCAUAGCAACCAGACCCUCGCCCUAAGCGACAGCAUCUCUGCAGCAACUUCUCAGCGCAGCGGGCAAGUUGGAGGAGCUGUGCACAGCUACAACCAGGUGACAUCGAGCCGUGCAGCCCAGCAGCAACAGUCACAAACUGGGCCAGGGUCAGGGAUCUACUACUCCAGUUCCACCUUGCCUGCGCAGGGUUCCCCUCUCGCAGGAGGAGGCGGCUCAGGUUCCGGUUCUCCCAGUAAACUUCAACGUCUGGGAUCAGCCACUGAUACAGCAGGGUACUCUACCACCCAGCGGCUGCCCUCCUCUUCUUCCUCCUCUCCCAAGCAAUCUCCUGCCAAUCGGCUGGCCAAAUCAUACAGCACCACAGUUGCUGUGACAACAGCAGGAGGGGGUGGUUCCCCCCUGAGGGUGGCAUCUCCACCCAAUUCUACAGCAGGAGGCUCCACAUCUUCCCCUCUUCACCAGAUGAGUUCAGGCAUAGGGAGCUAUGCAACUCUAUCUCCCAAACGGCUGGCAGCUCAUCACGCUUCUGACCAGUACAAGAUCUCCCACGAACUCUACGCCACUGCUACGCUGCAGAGACCUGGAAGUCUGGCAGGCUCUCGUGGCUCCUACAGCAGUCAGCAUAGUCAAGAGCCGCUUCGGCCUCUGGGGUCCCCAGAGCACCACAUAGAUCCCAUCUAUGAGGAACGUGUCUAUCAUAACAAGGGCCCCAUGAGAAGCCUUAGCCAGAGCCAGGGCCCAGACUCAGGGCCCUACCGCAACAACACAGCACCCUCCUCCCCUGGUGUCGACUCCGCCCCUUUGCAGCGCACUGGAAGUCACGGCACAGGAACAGGAAACUACACCCGUGGCGGUGCCAACAACUAUGCCACAGUGGGGCCAGGCUACACCUCAAGCGGGGGUGGUGGCGGAGAUGUAUAUGGUUCAGAUCCCUAUGUGGCUGACCCCUACCGUACCCUGCAGUACUGCCCCUCAGUGGUGGAAUCACCCUACAGCAAGUCAGGACCAGCCCUACCACCUGAAGGCAGCCUGCAGCGUUCACCUUCCAUUGACUCUAUUCAGAAAGAUCCCAGAGAGUUUGGGUGGAGAGAUCCAGAGUUGCCAGAGGUGAUCCAGAUGUUACAGCACCAGUUCCCUUCGGUGCAGUCCAAUGCUGCAGCCUACCUACAGCAUCUCUGUUUCGGAGACAACAAGAUCAAAGCUGAGAUCCGUAGACAGGGCGGCAUCCAGCUGCUGGUUGAUCUACUGGACCACAGGAUGAGUGAGGUCCAUCGCAGCGCCUGCGGAGCCUUGAGAAACCUGGUGUACGGCAAGGCCAAUGAUGAGAACAAAGUAACCCUGAAGAACUGCGGGGGGAUUCCUGCCUUGGUCCGCCUGCUGAGGAAGACUGGAGAUGUGGAAAUCAGAGAGCUGGUCACAGGUGUGCUUUGGAACCUGUCGUCAUGUGACGCACUGAAGAUGCCAAUCAUCCAGGAUGCCUUGGCCGUUCUGACCAAUAGUGUCAUCAUACCCCACUCUAACUGGGACUCCUCCCCAAAUCACCACGAUGACCGCAAGCUCCACAUUCAUACCUCCCAGGUGCUGCGCAAUGCUACAGGCUGUCUCAGGAAUGUAAGCUCAGCAGGUGAGGAGGCGAGACGAAGGAUGAGGGAGUGUGAUGGGCUGACAGAUGCUCUGCUCUACGUUAUCCAGACCUCUCUGGGCAGCAAUGAGAUCGACAGCAAGACUGUGGAGAACUGUGUUUGCAUCCUGAGGAACCUGUCAUACCGACUGGCCGCUGAGACUUCCCAUGGUCAGCAAGGGGGGUUGGAAGAGCUGGAUGGUCUUCUUUGUGAUGCCAACGGACGUGAUGGAGAGAGCUCCGGUUGCUGGGGCAAGAAGAAGAAGAAAAAGAAGGGAGCUGACCAGUGGGAUGGCGUGGGCCCCUUUCCAGACACAGCAGAGCCCCCCAAAGGAGUUCAGAUGCUGUGGCACCCCACCAUCGUCAAGCCCUACCUCACCCUGCUUUCUGAAUGCUCAAAUCCUGACACCCUAGAGGGUGCAGCUGGGGCUCUGCAGAACCUGGCAGCAGGCAGCUGGAAGUGGUCAGUGUACAUUCGAGCUGCUGUGCGUAAGGAGAAGGGCCUUCCCAUCCUAGUGGAAUUAUUGAGGAUAGACAACGACAAAGUUGUGUGUGCUGUUGCCACUGCUCUCAGAAACAUGGCUUUGGACAUCAGGAACAAGGAGCUCAUUGGUAAAUAUGCAAUGAGAGAUUUGAUCCAUCGGUUACCAGGCAGUAGCAGCAGCAACAAUAAUACAACCAGCAGUGGGACAACCGCAACCACAGGCCCUCCCAGCAAGGCCAUGUCGGACGACACGGUAACUGCCAUCUGCUGCGCGCUGCAUGAAGUCAUCACCAAGAACAUGGAGAACGCAAAAGCUCUACGCGAUGCCGGUGGCAUCGAAAAACUCAUCGGCAUUGCCCGCAGCAAAGGAGACAAACACUCAGCAAAGGUAGUAAAGGCAGCUUCUCAAGUCCUCAGCAGUAUGUGGCAGUACAGAGACUUGCGCUCUCUCUACAAGAAGGAUGGUUACUCCCAGUAUCACUUUGUGGGCUCUGCUUCAACAAUAGAAAGAGACAGACAGAGGCCCUAUUCUUCCUCACGAACUCCCUCUGUCUCUCCUGUCAGGACAUCCCCAAAUAACCGCUCUGCGAGCGCCCCAGCCUCCCCCAGAGAGAUGAUGAGUCUGAAGGAACGCAAGAUGGACUACGACUCCACGGCAACCAACGCCGGUUUCCAUAGCAACAAAGGAGAGCACACAUCCCGGAAAGACGGCAUGGCAGUUCAAGUUUCCUGUGGGACAUCUACGCUGUUCCGAAACUCUUACCUGACCGCCAGCGAUGAUAUCAAGCAAAACCAGGGUCCAGUCCAGCCCUGUGUCGUGCCCCCUCAGCCCCAGCCGGACAGUCCAUCAGCAACCGUGCUAAAAGACUACGACCCCUACCCUCCCCCUCCCUCCUUCCCCCAGCCUCAGCCACCACAGCCUCCACCUCACAGCCAGAGCCGGAGCUUUGAUGAGGCCUACUACGAGGACCAAGGACCACCACCGCCACCUCCACCAUCCCAGCCACAGCCACCGAUCCAGGCUCAGGCCCAGCCUCAGGCCCAACCCCAGCAACCUCCAAACUCCACUGGACCACCCAGGGACCCGCGGGAAGAUCUGCGCAUGCAUCUGGGUCUCAAAUCAACCGGCAACUACGUAGACUUCUACUCGGCCUCUCGGCCAUACAGCGAACUAAACUACGAGACCAGCCACUACCCGGCCUCGCCUGACUCCUGGGUCUAGUUAGACUGCUAUUUGGGGGGGCAAGAAAGAGUCUGUGUGCGCUUGUGUGAAAGGGAUUCUUUUUUUUUUUUUUUUUUUGCAAGACAUCAGCAGUGAUUAUAAGUGGUAUUUUGAAAGCGAUCUUGUAGCCAGUGGCAGGAAAUUUAUGUUCUCUAAAAUAAGUGGGAAGGCAGAACUGGAUAGGGUUAGUAAGUGAAGUCAGGUCGAGUGACAAAGAGAGACUGCAUGUGCAUGUGAACAUUUUCCUUUUUUUUUUUUUUUUUUUCCAGAACUCUUUAUUUCUUUAAAAUCAGCUCCAUUUCACCAGUGAGUGGAGCUAGUGGGAGUAGAUACGACGAAGUGUGUUUGACAGGUUGAGCAAAGAAUGGGAAAGGGAAUAUAAUAAGAGAGAAAAUGGCCCGACGGAUAGAGUAUGCAGAUGACCAGAGAGGAGAAGAGACAGCGAGGAUAAAGAAAUAAGAAGCGGUAAAGGGAGAAAGCUCUUACUCUGUGGGAGCAGGGAGCUGUCUGACCUGAGGAGGAGAUGAGAGACAAAGAUGGCAUGAGGGUUCUUGAAGAGGUCAGCAAGAAUAAAAGCACAGAGAAAGAUGAAAGCACAUCAGGCAACAAGCAAGAAGUGGAUGUUUACCAUUUCACCCAAGUGACAAACGUAGCACUGCUUUUACCCCCCCCCUUUUUUUUUUUGUUGCAAUGGCCUUGCCGCCUCCAGAGGCUUCUGAAUUUGUUUUCAAGGAAUGUCAUCUUCAAGAGACCUUUUUUUUUUUUUUUUUUUUUUUGUCAUUCUUUUACAUCUUUUUUUAUUUGUACUUUUCUAAAUUUUCACUUUCAAAAAACAAACAAACACCUUUUUAUUUUCUGUGUACAGUUAAAGGUGAUAUAGUGUGUAUAUUACACGUUUUUGAUGGGCCACUUAUGAAAACAUGAUUUAUUUUCCAUGACUGACUGCUGACUGAAACAACAAAAGCGUGAAACGUGAACGCGAGAACCGGCCCUGACAGAUAUCAUCAGGAUGGGUGUCAGCAGACACUUUUGGGUUUUUUUUGCCCCCUUUCCCAGCCAGAGACGAAGCACUGCGAUAUUUGUGUUUUUCUCUCUCCAUCGAGUGAAUUUUGCCAUGGACAUACUAAAGAGCAGUUCAAAGCUGCCAAAGCAUCAGUUUGGCAGAGCAGCAGUGUUCCAGAGUUCCCGUCAACUAAAGUGCUUUUUCACUGCCUAAAGAUUAUAUGUGUAUGUUUAAAGCACACUCUGUCCUUGGAAAGGUUUGUCUUUUCACUUUGGGGAUCUGACAUGUUUGACAAUGUCAACUUUCAGUGGUUUCUCAUCAUCAUCUCUGCAUAAAAACAAAAACAAAAAAAAAAAAGUUUUUUUUUCAAUGAAAGUCACCACAGUAUUGUACAGCUCAGUGUACAGUAGAGAUAAAAGAAGAGCGAGAAAGACCUUGUGCCAAACUUUGACAUACAGUGGACCAGUCCAAGAGGACUUUAAAGGGAAAUUUUGUCGAAGUUUACAGAUGACGACGACUGGCUGACGCACUCUGCUGUUUGUGACGUUUAUUUUCUUGUGUUUUAAUCAGGUGAAGCCGUACUUAUUGCUGGGAAUCAUGGGUAAUGUCUCCCUCCCAUAGAUGUACAGACCUGCCUCUCUGUGUUGGCUGAGCACAUGUGGGUGUGUAUGCGGGUGGGUGUGUGUGUGUGUGUGUGUGUGUGUGUGGACCUGAGUGCGCACGCACGCGUGUUUGUGUACAUGUGCAUGUAUGUGAAAGAGUGUGUGGCCCGUGUGUACACGUAAACUUGAGCGAGCGUAUCUAUGCAUGCAUGUGUGUAGUAGUGUGCGUAUGCCUCUGUUGCGUGUAUGUGUGAGCAUUCCUGUAUAAAUCAAUGUCCAAACAAGGCAUUCCUACUGACAGUUUUACAACAUGAAAAACCAAGGUAAAAAUCACUGGAAGGAAUUGUUGAUAUAGAAUGAAAAAUCUAUAAAUAUAUGAAUAUAAAUAUAAAUAUAUAUAUAAAUAUAUAUAUAUAUAAUUUUUAUGUGCUGAUGUCAGUGUCACUAAAUGCAACAAAUGUUUGCGGAGGAAAAAAAAUCAUGUGGUGUACAACAGGACUCUUGUUCACGUGACCUAAACAUGGAAACUGCAGAUCGGGACCCCCCACCCCAGUCGAGACAAAAGAGAAAUCCCACCUGAAGAUGCUCAGGCUCUGGUGCGAGUUGUGUGUUAUUGUGUGUCCAUGCUUCUUAGAUGACCCUGCUGAGAGAGGACCGUACUUGAACACAAGGAAAAAUAAAGACUCUUUGCAAUCAAACAACACAGU